UAAAGAUACCCGACGAUGGUUCAGAAGCUAACGCAGUGUCAGUUGCAUGUGAGUACGAUGAGCAGGCUGCAGCUGCCGCCAAUGUCCACGACCAGACCACGCUGAGGCUCGACACCCCAGACCAUACACAAACUCAACUCCAUCAAAGUCUUGAUUUAACACUAGAAUGCAGUACCAGUAAUAAUUAUGGACAUCCGCUUGUAACGAGUAACAAUCCUCUCAUUCAGAGUGAUAAUUUAAUACCAGACUAUAGUCCCAGGAACUUAAGUAGGAAUCUUCAGGAUGAGUCCAUUUCAAGUCUGAAUCAAAGCGGAAAUCAGGAAUAUGAACCUACGUUCACACCGAGCGUUAGUUCUACACCUCAGAGACAAAACCUUUCAUCAAGUCCUCAGCGCCAAAGUAGAUAUAUUAUACCGACUUCUAGUUCAUGUUCAAGUAUUCUUGAAACUUUACAUCCUGGGUCAAGGCAUGUUUCUUUCAACCAAAGCGAUGUACAGAUGCGGGAACACAGCAAUAAAACUCCAAAUGAAGUGAGUGGAAAUCCAUAUGAACAAAGUCAAUGCUCCGAGGAACCGAACCAAACUGAACGAACAAGGGGAAAUCAAGAAGAAAAUACAGAACAAUGCCAGUGUAAGUGUCCUUGCAAAAACCUUUGCCCGGAUCGUUUUCCGACAGAUAACUUAAGUAUAUCUGAAAAAAACAAGGAAAUGAUCUGCGAAGACUGCCAAUGUACUUGCAAUUGCGAGACAAAAAUCUGUAACAAAUCUACUGGCUCAGAUAGUCAACUCGAAUACUCGAAAAUAUUGAAGCCAUCAGAAAACGACGAGCAAUUAAAUUUACAAGAAUGUCAUUGCAUAUGUCCCUGUAAAAAGUUAAUACCAACUCCAGUAGAAUGCCUAAGCACAUGUCCCUGUAAAAAAACACAAUCAUGGGAUCUAUCGACGGUAACACCUAGUCUAAGAGAGGAUACACACUCAACACAAGAGUCGAAUAUGUCAAGUAAAAGACACGUUCGUUUCAGUUCUGUCAACUGCGAGAUAAAAACCUGUGACAAGUAUACUGGCUCAGAUAGUCAACUCGAAUACACGAGAUCAGAACAGUUCAUGAAUAAAAUCUUGAAGCCAUCAAAAUACGGGCAGCAAGAAUGUCAAUGCAUAUGUCCCUGUAAAAAGAUAAUACCAACUCCAGUAAAAUGCCUAAGCACCUGCCCCUGUAAAAAAACACAAUCAUGGGAUCAAACGACGGUAACACCUAGCCAACGAGAGGAUACACACUCAACACAAGAGUCGAAUAUAUCAAGUAAAAGACACGUUCGUUUCGCUCCUGUCGAGGACACUAGACUGUGUGACAGGUUGGCCUCGUCGGAUAACGAUCGCUGGUUCAUCACCCCAGAGGGGAUCAUGAGGGGGUUGGAAGCAUUACGACAGACUUUUAUAGAUUAUACAAGCAUUCGGAUCAACAAAACAUCGGAAAACCAGUCUUGCACUUCCAAUCCUGAAGAUCCGUUUUUACAGACAAAUGUAGAAAAUUGUUUUCCGUCGAAUGACCUGGCGGGUUCAAAUAUACACAUACAUAAUUUCAAAAAGAGUGUCGGCAUACUCCGGUGGAAUAGUAGGUGUGACAAUUGCAAUCGAAUCGAAGGGAGCCAAGAAGAUGAGACAGGGGGUUAUCAUCAGUGGAACCAGGAAGUACAGAGACCUGAGAGGACUGACAGGUGCCAAGGUGAUGAAAUGUUCGAGGCGGAGAAUGCUGCUCCUAUACCAGCAUGCAGCACUUUGCGAGAAACCCUAGAGCUGGUGAAUAGGACGAGCGAAACCUUAGAUGAUGCUCGAAAAAUGUAA